AUGCCUCACGUCACAGAAUUCAUAUACUUCCAGCCCAAGAGCUCCAUGAAGCCCGAGGAUCCCUCUAACGAGGAGGGCGCUGCCCUUGCUCAGCUCUUCAAAGCUACAACACAACAAAGUGGACACCUUGGCUCAGCAUGGGGUCGUACAAAGGAGGAUGAGAACGUUAUCGUUUGGGCAAUUGACUGGUCCGAUGCCCACAGCGGAAUCCAACAAACCAACUCGCCUCUGGACCCCUACAUCGCCGAAAACACCCAAAUAACAACGCUCUACACAACCCUCACGCCCCCCGACUCCGACGACACCCCAGUAACAUCCGCGCUUGUCUCGAACCCUAUCACCGAGCUCGCGCCCCUCCCCUUUCCAACCUCGCUCUCGUCAUCCGACCGCUCCUCCUUAAUCGCAGACCUCACAACCUUCCGCAAGACCCUUGCUGAAGACGCCGAGGAGAAUGUGCGCCCUAAGUCAUUCCUGUUAGGGCAGGUUGAGAGGCCUGGGGAGUUUGAGCACAGCAAGAGCGAGUCUGGUCAGGCUUUCUUGCAUUUCCUUGUUCUGGGCUGGGAUAGUACCGAGCAGCAUCAGCAGGCGAGAGACACGGACGGGUUCAAGACUAAGAUUGGACCCAUUCGGGAGAAGAUGGUUGCGCCGUUGGAUCGGUUGGGGAUGAGGCACGUUAAGUUUCAGAAGGUAUAA